AUACGCGUGUACACGUUUGAUAUCGGUCAGUUUGGAAUAGGGCCAGGGACGCACAGGAAAAGGGUAACCGGAAAAACGCCGACCGACCGACCGACCGACUGACCGACUGACCUGCCAACCUACCGUCAUAUGCAGUAUCCCUUUCGCUUCUCUAUAGCACAUGUAUGUGUAGUGCCCAGCGCAAUGGACGUGAUGGAGUCCGACGUGUCUGACAGCAGCAUCUCCAGUCAAUUAUACCGGGAAAACGAGCCCACGCGGUAAGGAACUGAUAACGAUACUCUAAAGAUAUGCUUUGUCUACAUGGUCGGUGGAUAUAAAAACAUGAUUUGGGCCUAUGUAGUUUUUCUACUCGAGUGUCUCGACCGAUGCAAUGCAUGAACUGCAACGCGCAACAUGCAUUUGUUGUCAUUUGACCAGCUUACGUGCGCUUGUUUACAAUUUCAUUUCAUAUGACCUGCUAUCGUGGAUUGGAUAUAUCACAUUGACUUAUGAGUAGGUUGGCAGGUCAGUCGGUCGGUCGGUCGGCGUUUUUCCGGUUACCCAGGAAAAGUGUACAGCAUUUCAUUUAGCAAGACAUUCAUUCAAGGCUUUCAAGGUAUCACCUAGUGCACGAGGAGGAGCGGACAUAUUUUCGUUUACUAGGUUAAACGUAACGUGUCACGUACGUCACAGGUGAGAGGACGCAGGAAACUAACCGACGCCUGUGCCUCAUGCACACGAGAAAGUUGCAAUACCGAAAGAUUAUAUCUGCACUGGUCUAAGAAUAAGGCGGAGACAGAUCAAGACCAAUACCAUCGAGUAGAGACAAUCCUUCUUCCCUCGCACCAAGGACUGGAACAACCUAAAAGAUCGCCAAAGAUCGACAAGCCAGUGAAGACCGCGCAGGUUCACACCACCACCUCGGUGAUAUACGUCAAUAGACUGCCAGCCGAGUGUUUGUCAGAAGCUGAAGCAGAAGCGAGGACAUGAGUCUGCUAGAUGUCAUGGAUUCAAAUAUGAAGACACAAGACUCCAAGCCGAAAUCACAUGGAUGUGAAAUGUGUGGUAAGAUGUAUUCUUCCGCUACUAACCUGAAGAUACACAAGCGGUCGCACACGGGCGAGAGGCCGUAUGCGUGUGUGCAGUGUGGUAAGCGGUUUUUGAAGAAUAGUGAUUUGACACUGCACAUCCGAAUACACACAGGAGAAAAACCAUUCGAGUGCGAAGAAUGUGGAAAACGAUUCAGCAUAAAACACCACCUACAAGUUCACGUCAGAUCGCAUACAGGGGAAAAGCCAUACGGAUGUAUAACAUGUGGUAAACAUUUCGCUCAAAUAAAUGAUUUGCACAGUCAUAAUCGCGUCCAUACAGGAGAGAAACCGUACGAAUGCGAAGAAUGCGGCAAACGAUUUACGCAACGAGGAAGCUUGUCAGUUCAUAUCAGGGCGAUCCACACCGGAGAGGCGGCUGGUGGUGAACCAAUUGAAUGUGAACAGUGCGGUAAGCGGUUUACCCGACGUUCAACUCUGCGAGUUCAUAUCCGAAGUCAUACUGGAGAGAAGCCUUACGGGUGCGCUCAAUGCGAUUGUCAAUUCACAAAUCGCAGUGAUUUGCGAAGGCACGUCAUGACAAUCCACAGUGGAGAUCGAGACAAAGUCUUUGAAUGUGAACAAUGUAAAAAACGCUUCAAUGAAGUGAGUAAACUUCAAAGGCAUCUCAAGGUUCACGGAGAGAAAAAACACAAGUGCGAAAAAUGUGGCAAAGCGUUUAUUGAACGUGGUAAUCUCGUGAAACAUCUCAGAAUCCACACUGGAGAAAGUCCAUUUGAGUGCGAGCAAUGUGGUCAACGAUACACUACACUAGGCAACCUGCGACAGCAUAUCCGAAGGAUUCAUCAACUUUAACAGUUAAAAUGACACAACAGAAUAAAAUGCUGUCUUACUAGGCUUCCUCGUUGUAACAUUAGGCACUGAAGACUGCAGGAGAGACGCGGGAACAACCAACCUCCGCCAGCUGGUUAUCUGAUCAUGUCUGUUGCCUGAGCCACAACUCUGAGAUAUCAAGGUUCUCUCUGUAACAAGUUUUAUUGGCUCAGUAAACUCUUCAUAACAAAGAUUCUUCUUUUGAGCUCCUGAAAACCUCGAGGGUUGAAGCUUUUGCUGGCGAAAAACCUCCAAAGGUAUUUAAAAAGGUUAACUGCGUCUUUUGUUUUUUGAGAAUGAGUGCCAAGAU